UGUUGGCAGCAAUUUUAACCCAAACAAAAUGAGCACAAACCUAAACACCAGUAAUGCUACAUUGAGUGGUGGCGACCAUGCCGACUCCCGGAAGGAAACCAUUUUGGAGCGUUUAAAUAAACGUAAUAAGGAACGUCAAAAUUAUCUCGAUGUCAAAUUGGAGCAACGUAAUAAGGAAAAUGUCGAACUGGAGGGUACCGAUUAUUUUUCUCAAACAUUUACGGAACGUGUACGAACAAUAGAGGAGCAAUUGGAAAAUAUUGCAAGUGUAGCUGCAGAUAGACCCAGUCCCAACACAAACAUUGCUGAUUUGACACGAGCUUUUGCCGACAUUACACUGCAGGUACAAGAGCUUCAACGCUAUCUCACAACAUCGACUAUGUUUCUAACAGACUUCAAAAUUAAAGCUUGUCAAAGUACUCUCAAUGAAUUAAGUAAUAGCUGCGAGGAAUACCGUCUGCGAUUAAUACCAAAAAAGAAAUUUGGGUUCAGUGGCAAGAAAGUGGCACCAAAGGUUUUGGUAAACCCAAAAGUCAUGAAAACUGCAGCCGAUAAAGUAGACAUGCCAGAAAAAUCCAAAAUCGACAAUAAUUCAUUCACCUGGACAUUGUCGAAUAGGGAAGAUGAGUAUAUUUGUCUCGAGGGGGAAGCCUUAAACAAUAAAGAUAUAACAAUUUCUAAUCUGAAAAAUUGCUUUGUAGAACUACGUGGACACGCAGGUUCAGUACAAAUAUCACACGCAAACAACUGCACAUUCCUAUGUGGACCAAUUGCACGUUCGCUCUUUGCUGAACACUGUGAGCGAACAACACUUGCUCUAGCUUGCCAGCAGCUGCGAUUGCAUUCAUCAAGCAUAUGUCGCAUAUAUCUACAUGUCACAUGUCGUGCUAUAAUUGAAGAUUGCAAUCAAAUUGAAGUGGGAGCAUAUAAUUAUGAAUACGCCACAAUGGAUGCAGACUUUCAAUCGGCCGGUUUGGAUAGAACCCAUAAUAAUUACUCCGAUAUUGCAGACUUUAAUUGGUUGUCGCCAGAUGUACCAUCACCGAACUGGACGUUGCUUCGGGAUACACCCGCACCUGCUUGGAACGAAUUGCGUAAACAAAAGCAACUGAAAACAACGACUUUAUAGUGCCUAGCGAAGCAUCGGCGGCAAGAGAAUACAGUUAAUUGGCGUGGACUUGGCAAAUGGUUGGCAUGUACCCUACUAAUGCUCUUUCUCUACAAGUUAUACCCUUUACUAACAACAAUUGGAAAGAAAACUUUUUGUUUUCUACAAUCAUGGCCUGCAGCUCAUCCAUUUAUUGAAAUGACAUAGUAAUGAAUUGUAUAUUUAAUGGUGGUAAUAGUUGGUACGCGCUUACAAAUUGAUUCGACUUGUAGUAAUUUGCUUUUUUUUGUGCAGAUAACAAACACAUAAUUUGUAGGAACACUUUCAUAUUAUUUAAUAAAUGAUUAAUUAAUUAUUAAAAAAUAAAAA